AUGCCUAUCCAAAUUCCCAUCGAUAUGAUCACUUCACGCUUUGGUGAUCGAUUCAACAACAUCCGCAGCCAAUCCCUGACCACCCGCUUUGCGAACUUGCGCCCCGUCUCUGAAUUCUUCGACGUCAAGCGCUUAUCCAAGCCAGCCAACUUUGGCGAGAUCCAGAGCCGUGUCAACUACAACCUCUCCUAUUUCUCUAGCAACUAUGCCGUCGUCUUUGUUAUGCUCAGCAUCUACAGUUUGUUGACCAACCCCGUACUGCUAUUCGUCAUCAUCCUCGUCACCUGCAGUCUCUACGGUAUUGGCAAGCUCGACGGUCGCGAUCUAGAUCUCGGUUUCCGCCGUUUCAACACUUCGCAGCUCUACACUGCAUUGCUGUGUGUUGCCGUGCCCCUGGGUCUCUGGGCCUCGCCUUUCUCCACCGUCCUGUGGCUCAUUGGCGCAACUGGUGUGACCGUCUUUGGUCACGCUGCAUUCUUGGAUAAACCCAUCGAGAAUGCUUUUUCCGAGGAGGCGGUCUAG